AUGCCUCCUCGCAAAUCAACUUCUUCGGUGACACCCGCUGACCCAGAUGACUCGCUACUUCAACAAUCAUCUCCAGCACCGCAGCCCGACAAGCCCGUCUAUGCGACAGAGCAGCAGUUGAAGGCUCGAGCUGAAGCGGGCGCCAGCAUUGAGGACUAUCUCCUCCCUCGAUCAUUGACGCUUCGUCUCGCAAAGUCGGUGCUUCCGCCACAGACGACGGUCCAGAAAGAUGCUCUGCUGGCUAUGCAGAAGGCUGCCACAGUCUUUGUUUCUUAUCUGUCUUCACAAGCAAACGACGGAACCCUGAAACGCACCAUCGCCCCCGCAGAUGUAUUUAACGCGCUAUCGGAGCUAGAACUAGACUCUUUCCGUGGCCGGCUUGAACAGGAACUGGAGGCAUAUACUGAGAUCAAGGCCGGGAAGCGCAAGCCCAAGAAGGCCGAUGCGAAUGGUGCAGCGCAGGAUGCGGCAGAGGGGGCGACUCAAGGCGACAUUGAUGUUGAGAUGACUGACAACCCCGCCAAAAGGAUGAAGCGGGAUGAAGAGGGGGAGGGAGAGUCUGCUGCCGGCGUUCCUGUUGAAGAUGAUGGGGAUGAGACGCAGGAAGAGGAGGCGGAAGAAGACGAAGAAGAGGAAGAGGAUGAAGGUGAGGACGAAGAGCAGGAACGUGCUCCGCGUGAAGAUGAGCUUGAGGUUGUGGAAGAUUUGGAUCGUGAACCUGGGGCUAAGAAGGGGCCUUAUGACCCUGAUGCCGAGGAGACGGAUGAGGAUGACGAUGGACCUGCCAGUCAGUUGCGGGAUAACCUUGGACUCGGUUGA